UCUAAAACGUCCAUUUAUCAAAGACUUCUUCGUGCAUAAAGUCUCCGAUAAUAGAUUCUCUUGCAAAACGAACAAAAUGGCUGGCAGCAACAACGGCUACGAUCACGGCGGCGUGACUCUUGAAACGGUGCGGACGAGCCUGAUCCGACAGGAGGACACCAUCGUUUUCUGCCUCAUCGAGAGAGCCAAAUUCCCCAGAAAUCCCACCUUGUACGACGAGACUUCUCCUGGGCUUCCGACCACGUUGUCGGGCUCCUUGUUCCACUUCAUCUUUAAAGAAACCGAAGCUCUUCAAUCCAAGGUUGGGAGGUAUCUAUCUGCAGAGGAAAAUCCUUUCUUCCCAGAUGAUGUCCCAGAAUCGUUGGUGCCAGCCACCGGCAAGUUUGAACCAUUCUUGCAUCCUGUUGCAGAUUGUAUCAAUGUGAAUGAGAAAAUAUGGGAUGUGUAUUUGAAUCAGCUGCUUCCACUUGUUGCGGUUGAGGGGGAUGAUGGAAACUAUGCUCUUACUGCUGCCACUGAUAUCCACUUCUUGCAGGCACUCUCUAGAAGGAUACAUUAUGGGAAAUUUGUGGCCGAGGUUAAAUUCAGGGAAGCUCCUGAUGAUUAUACACCAGCUAUUCGAGCUAAGGACAGGGAUGCUCUGAUGAAGCUUUUGACAUUUGAAGCUGUGGAGGAGAUGGUGAAGAAGAGGGUGGAGAGGAAAGCGAGAGAGUUCAGCAAAGAAGUGAAGGCGAAUGGGAGUGAUGAUGACCCAGAAAAUUGCAAGGUUGAUCCAUCGUUGAUGUGUAGGCUAUAUGCAGAAUGGGUGAUCCCUCUAACCAAACUAGUUGAAGUUGAGUACCUUCUAAGACGGCUUGACUAAGGUUCUUGUGUUUUAGAUUAAUGAAUAAUCCAUUCUUGGCACUCAAAUGUUUCUUCUUUUUUUUUUUUUGAAAAUAAUGUUUCUUCUUUUUAGUUAUGGGCUAUCAUGUUAUAUUAUGGGUGAAUAAGACCACAAUGAAUGCCGGAGAAAUUAUUGGUUCCAAGUUCCAACUGCUCCAAUAAAUAUUCAUUACUAAUGUCAA